ACCGCAAAUUGUUGCUAUUGGGAUGGCUUAAACGUAGGGGUACCGCCCACUAGAGACGAAGGACCCCACGGGGCCACGAGGCAAGAUCCAACCAAAGUUGGAGUCUUUGUUGGGAGAGAGGCAACUCCUUGUUGGAAUUCUGUCGCUAUUUUAGCUCGAGAAGAAAAAGAAGGAAGAAGAGGAGAAACAUGGAGGUACUGCAGUCAUGGAGAGUGAGAUUCUCCUUCAGGAACGCAACCAUUUUGGUCUGCUUCUUGAACGUCGUCGCUGCUCUUCUCUUGCUUCAGAACUUCUUCUCUUCGGCCUCUUCCCGCUACAGAAUCUCUACAUCUCAAUUCACUUCUGCGCAAAUCCAGUAUAUCAAAGAAUCUGAAGAGAUCCGCCUUGCUAUGCAACCAUUGGAACUGAUCAAAAGAGUGAUGGAAAUUGAGCAAGAAGCAUAUGCAAAGCCAGAGACGGUCCAACAGAAAGAUACAAAGCAAACUGCUGCAGUUGAUCUUUCUAAAAGGUUAAAAGAUUUUCGCUCCCUAAAUGAUGCUGGCAGCGUGAAAGCUUUGGAGGAAUGGCGUAAACGGAAGAUGGAACGUGCAAGACAGCGGGAACUUGGAAGAAAUGGAUCUGUCACCUCUCAAGCCUGAUGCAACUGUUUCUACUCUUGGAAAGUAUGGAAACACUUGUGAAACUUCAUACCAAGUUAUACGAACUUCUCUUUGACUUGUAUAUAUCGCUGAUAGAUGUACUAUUGUUGAUUUAAUUGCUGACGGAUAGUUGAUGGAUAUGAACUUCAAGUUUGGAUUGCAAGAUGGUUUCAUCUUAUCUCAA